AAGAUCCGCGAGACCAAGGCAUGUGCACCCUCGACAUCACGUUCGAGCAGAACGUCCAGCCAUCUGGCACGAAAUCCCUCGUGCCCCACCAGAAGCAGUCACAGACCCACACGGCGAACGCCGUCUGCUUUACGCUAGUGAGCGCGGACACCUGGCACAGGAGGCUUGGACAUCUCAAUGCUCGGAGCCUGGACAUCCUUCGGAAGGACACGGGUACCGGGGUGGACUAUCGCGACAGUCUCUCCCCUUGCGGGGUCUGCCAGAUCGCGAAACACAAGCAGUCCCCCCACCCGAAGCAAUCGACUCGCGAACUAUCACGGCCUGGACAGCUUGUGGUCAUCGACAACAUGGGGCCUGUUAAUCCACCUGCGAAAUAUAAAGGAGGCUCCUUCCCGUACGCGUGCAAGAUCACCGACGACUACACGAAGAUGAAAGAAGUUUACCUGCUUCGCAAGAAAUCUGACACGACCGAGGCGGUGCACACGUACAACAUGUGCGUCGCAGCGGCAGGAGGCUACCGGAUCGAGACCAUCCGCUGCGACAAGGGAGGCGAGAACACCGGAUCCGAAUUUCGGGACUACUGCAAGAAUUCAGCUAUCAAGCUCGAAUACGCCGCCACCAACACCCCUCAACAAAUUGGUGUAUCGGAACGGGACGGACAAACCCUGGCCGGAGUCACCCGGUGUCUUCUGAAGGAUGGAGAUUUUCCGCCGUCCAUGUGGGGGGAGUUAAUGCUGACUGCAGCAUACCUGUUGAACAGGUCCCCACACUCAGCACUGGGAGGAGCUACGCCAUACUCGAAGUUGCACAAUAAGUCACCUGAUCUCUCGGGACUUCGGGUCAUUGGAGCGCGCGCCUUCGUACACCACGAGAGAUACCGAAAGAAGCUGGACGACAGAGCUUUCGAAGGCAAGCUAUGUGGUUUCGGCCUCGACAGCCAGACCUACCGGGUAUUGAAUCCAUCCAACGGGGCCGUGGUCGAGAGCCGGAAUGUGACUUUCAUCGAAUCUCCACCCCGCUCAGUGCCCUUCCAGUAUUCCACUGAAGCAAACGGGUACGAGAGCGACGUGCUGAGCUUCACCUCCCUGCUGGACAGCCCCCACUCGACGAGCGACCUGGACUUCGCGGCGCAGAACGAACUCCUUCGGCAAGAAGUCCGGAAGAUGCAGCAAGACAAUCUCGCUCGGGAGAAGCUUCGCCUAGAACUGGACGGGCACGAGGACGAACAUGGAAACGGGCAAGAUCUCGGCGACGGGGACGCUCCAUCACCACAUCUCCCAUCGACGCCAGCUGGAUCGUCAUCCGAGACCCACGCAUCUAGCCCCAGUCCAUCAUCGUCGAACCCGACUGAACCGGACACUUCUGCAUCAACUGGAUCCUCCGGCAUGCGGCGCCUGCAAGUCACCAGAGCCAGCACGCGCGGGAAGCCCACCAGCGACGAUCAUAUCGACGUCAACUUGGUUCCUGCCAAUCUGGAAGUCACCAUGAACGACCGCGGUCGAGCCCAUGCUACAACGGGCCGCGUGGAGCCAUCCGGUCUUUCCUUCACUCAGCUGGCUGAGAUAGCCGAUCAAGCCCAGCUCCCAUGCCCUGGCGAUACUGAGGAUUUCGCCCACGUUGCGGAAGACCCCUCCACGGUGCCGCGUGCUCACGCCUACGUCACGACCACUCACGAACACCACGGGAUCUUGGAGGAGACGAAUCAAGCGAUCAAAAUCCCCAACACCUACGACGAAGCCAUGAGCUCUCCCCAGCGCGAAGAAUGGAAAGGAGCGUGCAGCAAGGAAAUGGACAAUCUGCGGAAACACAACGUCUACAAUCUGGUGCCCCUCAGCAGCGUUCCCAAGGGAGAGAAGAUCCUCGGAACGAAAUUCGUCUUCAAGAAAAAGCUGGACGGACGCUUCAAAGCUCGCCUGGUAGUCGGAGGACAUCGUCAAGAGCCAGGACAGGACUACGGACGCAGCUACGCACCAGUAUGCCGUAUCGGGAGCAUUCGCAUGACGUGCGCCAUUGGCUGCCACAACAACUGGCCCAUCUACCAACUGGACGUUGUCGGUGCCUUCCUGAACGCCCUCUGCGACAGAGAUGUGUACGUCAGACCCGCCCCCGGUACAUCCGCCAAGAACUCCGCGACGGGAGAACCCAUGAUGUACAAACUAGAACGGAGCCUCGACGACCUAUCGCAGCCGCCGGCGCUCUGGAACGACACCCUGGACGUUCUUUUUCAUACGGGAGCUAGUACUGUGGGGACAAAUCACUCUUCACCACCGGCUCAGCAAGCUCCAGUUGGCCGAUAUCGCGACCAAGUACCUCCCAUAGCACUGAUUCGCCUCCAUCAUUCAGCAGAUCAAGGACUUCUCGUGUUGAUCGAAGAUCUGUGAAGCUUCCUUCCAUACCCGCCAUACCAGAAGGAAUAUAUUUUCGAUACGAUGCCAACGGAGGGGGCGAGAUGGACAAGGAUAUGGUGAUGAUGUCGACCAUUGUGAAUUAGUUGCUUGAUC